UCAGACUAAACAGUGUAUACUCUUCAUGUUUGUUCGUGUUGCUAUUUCACAUGUCUAGUUGCAAUGUUACAGUCUUUAUUUCUGUCAAAUGCAAAGCUAGUGAUGAAGAACGUUAUAAGAAAGUCCUAUGGAAGGAUGUGAAAGUUGGUGAUCUCAUUCAUCUGUCCAACAAUGAAGUGAUUCCAGCUGAUAUUCUCUUGCUGCGAUCACGUGAUCCCCAGGGGCUGUGCUAUAUUGACACAUGUAAUUUGGACGGAGAAACCAACCUCAAACAGCGAGAGGUGGCCAGAGGAUUCACUGAACGACAAGAUAUGUUUGAGCCAAGAAAGUUCAAGUCAGUCGUGGAGGUUGAUGGCCCAACAACAAAGAUCUACAGGUUUCAUGGUGCUAUUGUUCAUCCAUCUGGUGAAAGAAUCCCUGUUGGUACUGAGAAUUUGCUACUUCGAGAAUGUGUUCUUAAGAACACAGAUUUUGUUGAAGGAAUUGUUGUGUAUGCAGGUCAUGAGACCAAGGCAAUGCUUAAUAAUGGUGGCCCUCGCUACAAGCGUUCAAACCUGGAACGGCAGAUGAAUUUGGAUGUCAUAUGGUGUGUCUUGAUCCUGUUUGUGCUUUGUGUGAUUGGUGCUGUUGGCUGCAAGCUCUGGCUGUCUUCCUAUGAAAACUAUGAUAACCACUCAGUGCCUUUUAUUCCUCUUGCGGAGAGUCCCAUUACAGAGGGAUUCUUGGGGUUCUGGACGUUUAUAAUAAUCUUACAGGUUAUGAUUCCUCUGUCUCUGUACGUGACAUUAGAGAUGGCAAAACUGAUGCAGGUGUACCACAUUCACAACGAUGUUGAUAUGUAUGAUCCUGAAACUAACAAGCAAAUUGAAUGUCGUGCUCUCAAUAUCUCUGAAGAAUUGGGACAGGUGCAAUAUAUUUUUUCUGACAAGACUGGUACACUCACAGAGAACAAGAUGAUUUUCAGAAGGUGUUCAAUAGCUGGGGUUGACUAUAACCAUCCACCUCCUGAAAAUGUCCAGAAUCUGAAAUUGCGACCAGGAGCCCCAAUGCCACUCCUUGUGAACACACAGCUGCAGGAGGACUUGUGUCAGGUUGACCUACGGCAAGCACCUGAACGAAGUGACUUGCGACAAAUCCUCCAUGCGCAGCGCAUCCAGGAGUUCCUCUUGCUGCUAUCAGUGUGCAACACUGUAGUUGUCUCUCGGCACCCACAUCAUGAUAUGAUGGAUGCUAGUGGUGUGAUAGAGUCAGUUCCAAGUGUGCUUGGCAGCCACUCAGGAGCCAGUGUUAAUGUGGCAUCUUCACAUGCUCAUCGUGAUAAUAACUUAAGCUCCAUCACAGCAAGGCAGUCGGUCGUUAUGGCUGUUGGGAGCACACAGACUGACAAGUAUUCUCGCCUCUCAGAGUCCCGGUCUGUAACCCCUUCCCCUCCUCCUCCUCAUGCUCAUUCCUAUCCUCCGCACACAUCUAUCAACUUUCCCACUUCUGAUGCAACACCUUUUGGUAGGCGGGCACUAAAUUAUCCUGGAAGUGGGAAACCCCCAAUGGAGUUCCCUCAUCAGCCCAUUUUGUCUCCUAUUAACUCUUCUUCUGAAUCAACUCCAACUGCUGACUCACCCACAGCGUCCCAAGCAAUCAAACAAGUUAGUCGACCAAAGCUUCUAAAUGUACCAUCUCUGCUGUCAGUUUGCUCAAGUAAAAAAUCUUCAAUUAGUAAAUCAGGAAACUCCCAGAAUUCACAGCAGAGGUCAGCCACGCCUUCCCCAUGUGAACUGAAGCCAAUUUUUGAGGCAGAGAGUCCAGAUGAAUUAGCAUUGGUGGAUGCUGCCUACAGUUACAAUUGCCGCCUGGUGAAGAGAACGCCACAGUUUGCUACAGUUGCAUUACCAGGUGAAGGUGUUCUUGAAUUCGAAAUCUUACAAGUGUUUCCAUUUGAUUCAGCACGAAAAUGCAUGUCUGUGGUACUCAGUCAUCCAAUUACAAGAGAGAAAAUCCUCUACUGCAAAGGAGCAGAUUCAACAAUUCUGCCUCAACUUGCUCCAUCAGAUGACUUCAUGAUGCAGCAGCUCAUAUUCCGAACUCAGCAGCAUCUCAACUCUUAUGCCCGUCAAGGUCUCAGGGUUUUAGUAAUGGCCAGAAGAACCCUGUCAGAUGUGGAAUAUAAUGAUUGGCUGCGUAAACAUGGUGAAGCAACUCUAAUGAUUGAGAAUAGAGAGAGGAGGUUAAGAGAGAGCUAUUCUAGGCUUGAAACAAAUCUGACAUUGCUUGGAGCCACUGGUAUUGAAGACCGACUUCAGGAUGGAGUUCCUGAAACCAUCAAUGCUCUGAUCAGUGCUGGGAUAGUCGUGUGGGUGCUUACAGGUGACAAGCCAGAGACUGCCAUCAAUGUAGCAUACUCGGCCAAACUCUUCUCCCCACAGAUGGAGUUGCUGAAACUAUCAGCCCGAUCAAAAGAUGCAGCUGAGAGCACAAUAAUGUUUUAUCUGGCUGAUAUCGAGAGAGAAUCUCCUCCAGACAUUGGAAUUACAAGUGGGCCCCCGGGUUUGAACCAAGUGGGAGUAUUUGCACGAGCUAAUGUUUCUUCUGGAGAUGCUCCAUCACAGCAUCAGAGGGGGCCGCUUCAUUCCAAUAAAAAGAGGGCCUUAGUUAUUGAUGGCAAGACUCUCACGUACAUUCUAGAUCAGCGUUCGAACCUGCAGAAACCAUUUCUGCAGCUGACCCGUUAUUGUAGUUCUGUACUUUGCUGUCGAGCCACACCCUUACAGAAAGCCUAUAUUGUGAGGGUUGUCAAGGAACAGCUCAAAAUGAGAACUCUUGCAAUAGGUGAUGGUGCAAAUGAUGUCUCAAUGAUUCAGACAGCGGAUGUUGGAAUUGGAAUUUCUGGACAGGAAGGGAUGCAGGCUGUGAUGGCAUCAGAUUUUGCACUUUCAAGGUUCAAAUAUCUGGAAAGGUUCCUCUUGGUUCAUGGUCACUGGUGCUAUGAUCGACUCUCACGCAUGGUGCUUUAUUUCUUCCAUAAGAAUGCUACUUCUGUAUUUCUUGUUUUUUGGUACCAACUGUACUGUGGGUUUUCUGGAUCAGUAAUGAUUGAUCAAAUGUACCUGAUGUUAUACAAUCUGCUUUUCACAUCCCUUCCACCAGUUGUCAUAGGUGUGUAUGAUCAGGAUGCACCAGAAGAGCUGCUGUUAGCACGCCCGAAUCUGUAUAGACAAGGUCGUUUAGGUCUAGUGUAUAAACCACAUUCUUUCUGGAUCACAAUGGCAGAUUCGCUGUACCAGAGCAUUGUUAUAUUCUUCCUAGCUGAAGGGGCUUACCAUGACACAGAUGUAGGCAUCUGGGAAUUUGGGACCACAAUAGCUACCUCAUGUUUGUUUGUGAUGCUAUUUCAUGUCGCCAUUGAAACUAGAUCAUGGACAGUAAUUCACGUUUUCUCCAUUUUCGUAUCCAUUGGCAUUUACUUUGCCUUCUCGUUAGUGUACAACUCUUUAUGUGUGCAAUGUUUGAACUUACCAAGUAACUACUGGGUUGUGCAGCAUGCGGCAAGUUCAACAACGUACUGGUUGGUUGUGUUCUUGUCUGUGGUCAUGGCUCUUAUACCAAGGUUUGUGUGGCGGACCAUAGAGACGUCUCUUUUCCCCCGUGAUGUGACGAAGGCUGUCCUGGACAAAAGAAGAGCUGCUCGCCGAGGUGAGGACUUCCUUGUCUCAUGGUCGCGCUCUACUUCCACUUCGUCCAUAUUCAGAUGCUAACAGUCACACCUCACUCACAGUUCAAGUUCACCUCAUAGCACAAGUGUGUCUUUUCAUCGUUUUGCCAAGGUAAGAGCAUGAAUUUGCUUACUUCCUUUUAUAAGCUGUAAAGAUAUUAUGCUGCUUAGUAAUCUUGUUAUCCUCCCCCACAGAUGUGUACAUAAUUUAGUUGCUGCAGAACACUAUUUCAGUCUAGAUAUUUAUCUAUGAGCUCAUUGAAAGCAGAUUGAAAAUAAUUUGUAGAAGUAAAAAUGUGUACCUACAAUUUGUAAAAUUUCAGUGCAGUCACUUUGUUUAAUUUAAAAGGGGCUGUCUGCCAUGGUAAUGACUUAUAUGAUGUUUUCAAAGUCACAGUGGGAAUUGGCUGUGAGCCUGAUACUGGGGAAGGCCCUUUGCUAGGGGAAAUAAAGUGAAAUUUCUGCAUCAGUAACUCAGCUGUAGAAGUGUGCAUGCAAGUGUGAGCUCAUGUAAUGUUCUAGAGCAGGUCACCUGCUUGCAGCAGAGUGCAUUAAUGAUUCCUUGCUUGAGGCAGUCUGUUAUAAACAAGAACUAUGUAUUAUUGUUGGAAUGAUGCCAUAUUAUGUUUAGUGAAAGAAAAUGUGUGUUUAUACCAGGCAGAACAAAAAAGUCAAUUUCAUUUUGUCCAUUUGAACUUACCUAUUGUUACCAGAGCAGGUUUUAUUGCACACUGCCUUCAAAUUUUUUUCUCAUUUUCUGUCACACAUUUCUCAUAGUAGCCACAUUACUUCUGGAAGCAGUCAUGCAAGACUGUCUUUAAUCUCCUUAAAUGACAGCAUCCUAGACUUUCUCACCUGCUGUGUUGACUGGAGCCUGUAGGACACAGAUGACUAGUGCACUGUCUUGGUGCAGCAGCCCAUUUCCAGACCCCUAGUUGUUUUAUCCCAAGAGAAGUUAUGUUUUAUAUUUUCCAUUAAGGUCUGUGGAUGAUAUUUGUAGUACUAUAAAACAUGUUAAUUUUGCAUCUUUAACCAAUUCCUGAUCUGUUUCUUUUGUCACUAUGUCAUGCCUAGAAAGACAUUCAGUUCUGGGAAGAUUGGCAGCCAGUAGACAACUGUUGAAUUGUUUCUGGUGUUUGCCAAAUGUGCAUUUAUCUGUGCAGUAUCUUAUUCGAGUGUAUAAUACUUAUAGUUUGUAAUUGCUGUUUCUGUAUCUUUAAAUUGCACAGAUGAAUCAUUGUGUUCCAUUGUGCAAGUUGCUGUUUCUUAAGCCAGUACACUUACACUUGUAAAUCUAAGUGACCAAGGUGAAGUCUGGAAAUUGCACAUGCAGCAUGUUUUUGUUUCCAUUUUCAUAAAAAUUCAGAUCCUGUUGUAUACUGGUAAUGAUUGUGUUACUUAAGCAGGUUCAUACUUUCUUUAAUUUCAUAACGGCAAAGUGGAAUGGCUUAUUAAUAUUGUUCUGAAAUAGUUUUUGAAAUUUUGGAUUUGUAUGUUACAUAGUUCUUAAAUUAAAAGUAAACCUCUUUAUUCUCUAUUUUGGGUACAGGUACUGACAUGAAAUGGAUAAUAUGGGGUUAUAUGAUUAAUAUUUUUUUAAUGGAAUUCAUGUUUUUGUGUCCAUGUUUUCCAGAUUAGUUUGUGACCACUAUGUUAUUCUAAAUGAAUAAGACAGUGACUGUAUUGUGCAUGCAUUCCUUGCCUUCAUUGACUUGUAGCUGUUAAUUCUGUAUUUGUCACAUGCCCGAGUUUUUAACAAGUGUCUUAACAUAUCUUAUUGUAUUUUUGAUUUAUUAUUUUUAGUACAUGUUACAUGCCUAGUUAUUUGUUCUGAUACUCACAUCAUGAAUAUUCAUUACCAUUCACUUCAUUAAUUGGAUAUUUUCUUAUUCAUGUAACUGUUCUGAUUUCACCUGAAUUCUGUGUUUUCAUUGUAAUUUUUAAUUAUUUCCAAAAGACUCUUUGACUUAUAAUUAACUUAUUUGACAUACAGCACAUAACUUUAAAUUGUGUGUGUAGAACUGAAGGUUCAUUUAUUUUGUGCGUUGUUUCUAACACUUUGGUGUUCCUAAUACAGUGGUGCAUAGUACAAUUAUUAGGGGACCUGCUUCUUCUGAUGUAGUAAAAUAUAGUAAAAUCACAUUUAAAACUGAUAUCAUCGUUGGUAAAACAGCCCUCUUUUAGUCUUUGCCUUCUGUAGAUUGUACCAGAUUUAAUCUGGUUUUCACUUCUUUUGAUUUUGCAACAGUCAUUUUUUACAGAACGAGGUUGUCAGCCUAGCAUCCAAAAUUGAUAUUCCAGACAAAAAUUAGGCUGAUAGCACUACAUGCUAUUUUUUUUAAUGGAACAGGCAAAUGGCUAAAUAAUAUCCAUAUGUUGCUUGUUUGAAGGGUAAGAUAAAAGGACAAUGGGCCCAGACUGUCUCUGUGAAAUAUUGCUCCUUUUGUUUUAAUGGAACUUGUAGUAUAUCCCACUGUUCCUUGUUUACAUGUAAUAUUGUUUUUAAUGAUUCAUGAAAGUUUCCAAGAAUGAGGUACACACUAUAGCAUGUGCAGGACAGAUGAGAAAACAUGCACCAUUUUAAUCAGAAAUCAUGAAGGCAAGAGAUCACUUGGAGGACCUGGAAAAUGAGAGGGUAAUUUUAAAAUAGAUGUGGAGUGGAUUUUUCUGGUUCUGGGUAGAUACAAGUGCUGAUCUCGAGAACAUGGUAAUGAACCUUCAGGUUCCAUGAAAGGCAAAGAAUUUCUUGACUGUCUGAGUGACUGUUAGCUUCUCAGUGAAGGCUCCUUCAAGAAAUUAUUUAGUUUAAUGAUAUUUUUAUAAUGUGCCUGUUCUGUAUGUAAGUCCCUUGUCUUAUUCACUACAAAAUUGGCUAUUACAGAAACACUUUUUAUUUGAUAUUAAACUUGUGGUUAUUAAAUGCUGAAGAACUUUUGCUAGUAAAAUAGGUGUUGAUAUAUAAUAUAAAUUGAGUGAGCAUGUUAUCAGCUUGUUGUUUUCUGGCUUUGAGAUAUUACAUUGUUUUAGGUUUGAUGUAAGCUGUACUUUCAAUCAUAAAAUAUAGAACAUUUUCAUGUUAUGUGAUAAAUAUAUUGAUAUAACUCAGUCACUUUCUCAUGACAGUUUAAAGAAUAUUUUAUCUAAUAUUCCACAGUUACUUCAGAUUCUGUAAUGAAAUGCUGAGACUUGACACUGUUUUUUGUCUGUGAAAGCAUAGAUUAUUAUACAUAAUAUGUGUAAAAUUUUCUGUGGUUUUGGGCAAUGUUUUCUAACUCAUCUGCUACCCGUGGCCACAGCAUUAAGGGACCCUCAGGCUAGGUUCGCCCACCCCAACAAUAAAAAUAUUUAAAAAAUGCUCUACUCUCUGAAGCACAUCUUCUUGAGCAGAGCUCCAUGAUUGAGAUUAAUUUUAGCAAUACAAAUAAGUACAUCAGUCUGAUUUUAAAGUAUUUCUUUCUCCAAAUCAUUGGCAAUUUUAGAGUUAUUUUCACCCAUGCUGCUUGAGUCAGAACCAGUUCACUUGUUCUGUCAGUGUUUGCUCCAGUACAUUUAUUUUAGGUUUUCAUUCUGGCUGUGCCAGUACUACUAUCAUUACUACUAUUAUUCCUACUGCUGCUGUUGUUAUUAUUAUUUUUAUGUAAAUAUCUAGUACUUUCAACAUAUGCAUGUUUGUUGGAAGAUGUCAACAGCAAGCUGACAGCCCAGCUUAACUUCAUAACAAAACAGUUUUGUACACAUGUUAGUUUAUUACACACAUUCACCAAUCUGAGUAUGCUACAACAUAUAUAUGUUAUAUAUAGCAUGUUGGAUGUGAUAUUGCAUAGCUUUAAUUUGCUUGUUAAUGUUCAUACUUUCUUAAAUUAUUGUAGAAUUUCAUAUCAGAUUUAGGAAGAGCAGUCUGGUAUUAUUACUACCAUUGGGGUUUAGCAUUUUCUGGUGACAUGUCUUGAAACUGUUGCUGAAAUGGCCCCAGAAAUUUUGCCACAGUUACGUAAAUGCUAGGAUGCAUAUAUUUUUUAGACUUGAAUGCUAACUUUAUAAACUGAAAUUUGAGAUGUGAGCGGUGAAAAUGAUGGUGACAGUCUACCGAGAUGAGAACUCUACUACCAGUGUCUUCAGAGUAGAAGAGGGUCUCUUGUGGAUGCAGCAGGUUUUACCUAGCUACCAGGUUACAUGGCAUCAUCUGAGAUGACCUUGAUCUUGAAAUUUGAGAUGUUCCCAUUGAAUAUUAUACCUGCUAUUUAUAAUGCCUGGAACUUGCACUUACGGAAAUAUGUUUUGAUAUUUAUCGUUUCCAAAUCUGCGAUAUAGAUUUGCACAUCUGUAUUCUUUAAUGCUGCCUAUUGUUCAUAUAAUAGUGUAAUAUCA